AAGUUUGAUCAGCCAUCGGAGAGAAGAAUGAUAGAUAACUGGAUCACGAGAGGCGACAAAUUACAAAGAAGAAGAAAGAAACUUAAGAAAAAAUAAAAAUUUAGAAGAAGAAUAAUUCAUAUUGAGGCAAAGCGAAAGGAGAUUGUUUUUUUCUUUUUCAAGUCAACAAACAACAACGAAGGAGGUUUGGAAGAACUUCAAUGUGAAUAUUUAAUCAGACCCGUAAAUCGCCGAAAGUUUCAUCAUUUUUUUCGGAGUGACGAUAGAUUUCAUUUCUGGGUUUCGAGUGUGUCUAAGGAGGAAGAAGAAGAAAAAAGGGGUUUUCCUGUAAUAAUUUGGGAAUUUAGGGAUUUCUCUCCAUUUCAGCUGUAGUUUGUUCGUAAUGGAAUGAUCAGAGAAUCUCAGUUUAUAAACUAUGUGGAAACAGAUUAUAAGUAAGCUUCCGAAGAAGUCUUCUUCUAAGAACCAUUCUUCAGCUAAUGCCGUUGCAUCUACUUCGAAAAGUAGUGUUAAUGGCGCCGGAAAAUCGGGGAAUUCUCACACGAAGAACGCUCCUGCUGCAAAACCUGCUGCUUCUCCUUCUGAUUCAGGGUUUAGAGAUGGGAAUCUAAAGGGAAAUGGGAACGGUUUCACGCCUUAUGAAGCAUUGCCAAGUUUUAAAGACGUUCCAAACGCUGAAAAGCAAAACUUGUUCCUGAAAAAGCUCAACUUGUGCUGUGUCGUGUUUGAUUUCUCGGAUCCAACGAAGAACGUCAAGGAAAAGGAGAUUAAGCGGCAGACAUUGCUUGAGCUGGUGGAUUAUGUAGCUUCUGCGAAUGGGAAGUUUAGCGAGACGGUUAUUCAAGAAGCGAUAAGAAUGGUUUCUGUGAACAUAUUCAGAACCUUGAAUCCUCAACCUCGAGAGAAUAAAGUUAUUGAUGCUUUAGACUUGGAAGAGGAAGAGCCUUCCAUGGAUCCUGCUUGGCCUCACUUGCAACUUGUCUAUGAGCUUCUCUUGAGGCUUAUUGCUUCACCUGAGACCGACACAAAGUUGGCUAAGAAGUACAUCGACCAGUCUUUUGUCACACGGUUACUGGAUUUGUUUGAUUCCGAGGAUCCAAGAGAAAGAGAUUGUCUGAAAACAGUUCUGCAUCGAGUCUACGGCAAAUUCAUGGUUCAUCGUCCUUUCAUUAGGAAAUCCAUAAACAACGUUUUCUAUCGGUUUGUUUUCGAGACCGAGAAACACAACGGGAUUGCUGAGUUUCUGGAGAUUCUGGGAAGUAUCAUCAAUGGAUUUGCUCUGCCGCUUAAAGAAGAGCACAAAGUGUUUCUGGUUAGAGCUUUGGUGCCUCUCCACAAACCGAAAUGCCUGCAAAUGUAUCAUCAGCAAUUGUCUUAUUGUAUAACGCAGUUUGUUGAAAAAGAUUGCAAACUUGCUGAUACGGUUAUAAGAGGACUGUUGAAGUCUUGGCCCGUCACAAACAGUUCCAAGGAAGUCAUGUUUCUAAACGAGCUUGAGGAAAUUUUAGAGGCAACUCAGCCACCUGAGUUCCAACGGUGUAUGGUCCCGUUGUUUCGUCAAGUUGCUCGGUGUUUGAACAGUCUCCAUUUUCAGGUUGCAGAAAGAGCUUUGUUCUUAUGGAACAACGAUCAUAUCGAGAGUUUAAUAAUGCAGAACCGUAAAGUUAUUCUACCUAUCAUUUUCCCUGCACUGGAGAGAAACACUCAGAAGCAUUGGAACCAAGCUGUUCAUAGCUUGACGCUGAACGUGCAGAAGAUAUUUAAUGACAUUGAUCCAGAGUUCUUCAAGGAAUGUCUUGCUAAGUUUAGAGAAAAUGAAGCAAAAGAAGCUGAAGUUGAAGCGAAACGCGAGGCGACAUGGAAACGGUUGGAAGAAAUUGGGAUGCAAAAGCAAAAGAGUUCAUCGUAAGGCUUUUUAGUUGUAGAGAGAGGUUUCGUUUUGUAUUUGUCGUUUUUACUACAUUGGAAAAUUGGGGGUUUUUUUUGGUAUUUUCUCCGGAAAACUUAGUGAGAAAAAGUUUCAGAUUCAUCUGUUUUGAGGAGAUGCAAAGAUGUAAGAUCAUUUCUUGCUUUUAUUUACUUCUUUAUUUAUGA